AUGAGUGCGUUGCGCGGUGCAACUUGCACCUGCAUCCGAUCAGACCAUGAGUGCUUUUUGCUUGAAGUGGCAGCAGAUGCCCCGCUGGAUCCGUGCGAAGACCGCAUGUGCAUCGCGCGCAAAACUUUGGCCAAGGACCGAAUUGAGAACACCAGCGUUGAUCAUGUUGUGUAG